CACUUCACUUCGCUCUUCCUCCUCACGAAACCAGAGCAAAUCCGGCGAGCCGGUGCGGCGGCAGCGGGCGGAGGAGGGAGACGCCGGCGCGAGCAGGAGCAUCAGGAGGAGGCGGCGGAGAUGGAUCCGGACGCGGUGAAGUCGACGCUCUCUAACCUCGCCUUCGGCAACGUCAUCGCCGCCGCCGCCCGCGACCUCCAGAAGGAAAUGGUGGCUAAAGACAAGGCUCAAGCAGCACCUGCAAGCCAUGAUGAAGUUGAUCUUGAUGAGUUGUUGGAUGACCCUGAACUUGAGAAGUUGCAUGCGGAGAGAAUUGCUGCCCUUAAGAAAGAGGCUGAGAAGCGUGAAGUGCUAAAAAGGCAAGGUCAUGGUGAAUACAGGGAGAUAACUGAAGGGGACUUCCUUGGGGAGGUUACUGGCAGUGAAAAAGUCAUAUGCCAUUUCUAUCACCGUGAAUUUUACCGUUGCAAGAUCAUGGAUAAGCAUUUGAAGGCCCUUGCCCCAAUCUAUGUGGGAACAAAAUUCGUCAAGCUUGAUGCUGAAAAUGCUCCAUUCUUUGUGUCCAAACUGGCAAUCAAAACAUUGCCAUGUGUAAUACUGUUCAAGAAGGGUAUUGCUGUUGACCGGUUAGUCGGGUUCCAAGAUCUUGGAAGUAAAGACGAUUUUUCAACAAGAGCAUUGGAAAAUAUUCUAAAGAUGAAAGGGAUAAUUGAUGAGAAGAAGAAAGAUGAUGAUGAUGACGAUGAAGAAAGUGAGUCUAAGAAUAGGAGGGUUAGAUCUUCAACUGCCCAAGAUUCUGACUCAGACUGAACAUGAGAUGAGGAUUGAGGAUUCGCCCUUUUUUGCACUUUAGAUUUUGUUUGUUUGUUCUGUACUGUAAUUGAUUUGUGUGACCCAUGUAUCGAUACCAGAUACCAGAACAAGAGCAUGUACAAGAGAUUCUUUACUAACUCAGCAUCCAUUUUGUGUAAAAGCUAGGGUUUGUGGCUGCCUUUUUUUUU